AUGUCGGAAGCCUACGAGCGCGAGCGCCAGAACAAUGCACGCCUCGAAGAACUCUCGGCCAAGGUCUCGUCCCUGCGCGGCGUGACGGUCGACAUUUACGACAAUGCCCGAUCCCAGGACAUUAUCGAUAAUACCACCGAUACCUUCUCGUCCAUGUCCACACAGCUCAAGGGGUCCGCCGGUCGGUUGGGACGCAUGGCCGCUUCCGGAAACAAGGUCGCCAUCUUUAAGCUGUCGGCCAUAAUCAUUGGAGCCUUUAUGGUACUCUACUAUACCUACAAGCUCUUGUUCCGCGCUUGA